AUGAGACCCACCAGACCUAAGUCCGUUACAUUUGCGUCGCCAGCCCCAGUACAUAACACAAGUCAUGCUCGAACACCGUCCUUUAAUCCACCUGGCUCAAACUUCUUGGUGAACCCCAUCAGUCGGCAGAGGUCCAAUUCGUUUCGCAAUAACAAUACUCCGUCGUCAGGUACAUUCGCACCGCAAUUCAUUAAAUCAGAGGAGCUGCGCAAAGGUGCAGACGAAAUAAGGGGUCAAGAAGGAGACAAUGAUUUUUCAGGGAAAAGAUAUGUAUGGCUAAAGGACUCAGAAAAAGCUUUUAUCCGUGGUUUAAUAGUGGAGGAGUCAGAGGGAGUUCUGCUUGUUCAAUGCGAUGACGGCAGUAGACGCGAGAUUAGUGUUGACAACGUCGACAAAGUCAAUCCUGCUAAAUUCGAUAAGGCAGAUGAUAUGGCUGAGCUCACUCAUCUAAACGAGGCUUCAGUGGUCCAUAAUCUACACAGUCGAUACCAAUCUGACUUAAUAUAUACAUACUCAGGACUGUUCUUGGUGACCGUGAACCCGUACUGCCCGUUGCCAAUAUACUCCAACGAGUACAUCAAAUUAUAUAAAGGACAAAGUCGAGAAGACACGAAGCCGCACAUCUUCGCCAUGGCAGAUCUAGCGUUUCGUAACCUCGUUGAAGAAGGAAAGAACCAGAGCAUCCUUGUCACAGGAGAAUCCGGUGCAGGUAAGACGGAAAAUACAAAAAAGGUCAUUCAGUAUCUGGCAGCAGUUGCUGCUUCGGAUGCCAGGACGAGUUCAAAACAACUGUCGAAUCUCUCACAGCAGGUACUACGCGCAAAUCCAAUUCUCGAAGCUUUUGGGAAUGCUCAAACAGUAAGAAAUAACAAUUCUUCCCGGUUUGGGAAGUUUAUUCGCAUUGAGUUCACUCGCUCUGGCCAAAUUUCGGGCGCGUUUAUAGAUUGGUAUCUUCUUGAAAAGUCUCGUGUUGUCAAGCUGAACUCGCAAGAACGCAGUUAUCACAUCUUUUACCAGCUUCUACAAGGUGCAGAUGAAGUCAUAAAAAAGCAACUGCACCUUACUGGACUAAACCUUGGAGAUUUUGCUUAUAUGCGAGAUGGAAACGAGUCAAUCGUGGGAGUAUCGGACGUUGAUGAAUGGAACACAUUAAUGGAGGCUUUCAGUGUGAUGAACUUCUCCCAAGAUGAUCAAAUAGCAAUCCUGCGUACCGUAGCCGCUGUUAUGCAUCUAGGAAAUAUUACGGUUGGCAAAGAGAGCUCGCGCGCUGACCAGGCAAAGCUUUUGCCAGAUUCGCAAUUAAGCGUGCAGCGUGCCUGCGAUCUUCUUGGUAUACCUGUGGACGCCUUCGUCAAGGGUUUGCUUCAUCCUCGAGUUAAAGCAGGUCGUGAGUGGGUCGAAAAGGUGCAAACACCAGAACAAGUUCGCUUCGCCCUUGAUGCCCUGGCAAAAGGUAUAUAUGAACGCGGGUUCGGUGAUCUUGUUACAAGGAUAAAUCGACAAUUAGAUCGCAGUGGUACCGGUGCAGAUGAUGGUUGCUUUAUCGGUGUUCUUGAUAUUGCUGGGUUCGAAAUUUUCGAGAACAACAGCUUUGAGCAGCUAUGCAUCAACUAUACCAAUGAAAAAUUGCAGCAAUUUUUCAAUCACCACAUGUUCGUAUUGGAGCAAGAAGAAUAUGCCAGGGAGCAAAUUGAAUGGCAAUUCAUCGACUUUGGAAAAGACCUUCAGCCAACGAUCGACCUCAUUGAAUUAUCAAAUCCGAUUGGUAUAUUUUCUUGUUUAGAUGAAGACUCUGUUAUGCCCAAGGCCACAGACAAGUCCUUUACUGAGAAGCUCCAUUCGCUAUGGGAUCGCAAAUCUCAGAAAUAUCGUGCUGCACGGCUGAGUCAAGGCUUCAUUCUUACCCACUAUGCUGCAGAGGUCGAGUACGACACGCAGAACUGGCUGGAGAAAAAUAAGGACCCUCUAAAUGACAACAUAACACGGCUGUUGUCCACCUCCAGCAACAAGCAUACUGCAGGUUUAUUUUCCGACUGUGCCGAUUUGGCUGAUGCUCCCGGGGCUUCGCGAAGCUGUGUAAAGAAGGGGCUGUUUCGUACAGUAGCACAAAGACACAAGGAGCAACUGUCCAGCCUAAUGACCCAACUCCAUUCAACGCACCCGCAUUUCGUUCGGUGUAUAUUGCCAAACCACAAAAAGAAGCCAAAGUUAUUUAACGGUCCUCUUGUUUUAGAUCAGCUUCGCUGCAACGGCGUGCUGGAAGGUAUUAGAAUUGUCCGUACUGGGUUUCCUAAUCGAUUGCCCUUUGCAGAAUUCAGACAUCGUUAUGAAGUUCUUUGUCGCAGCAUGCCGAAAGGUGUCAUGGCAGGCCAGGAAGCUGCAUAUAUGAUUGUUGACAAGCUCGGAGUCGACAAGUCUUUGUACAGAAUUGGCCUCACGAAGAUAUUCUUCAGAGCCGGCGUUCUUGCUGAAUUAGAAGAGCAGCGAGAUACCCUUAUACGGGAUAUUAUGACCAGGUUUCAGUCAAUUGCGCGCGGAUAUGUGCAGAGACAUCUUAUCAACAAGCGUCUCUACAGGGCUGAGGCCACGCGCAUCAUCCAGAAGAAUUUCCAGGUUUACCUGGACCUGAAAUCGUCUCCUUGGUGGACAUUAUUUAUGAACAUGAAGCCGUUGCUGGGCGAAACCCGCACUGCUGGAGAGGUAAAAAAACGGGACGAGAAGAUCCAGCAGCUUGAAGCAAAGGCUCAGCAAGAUCUUGCUGAUAGGCAUAAAUUAGAGGAAGACAGACGGAGGGCGGACGGCGAAGUGCAGCGUAUAAAGAAGACUCUAGAGAGCGAGCGAGCACUAGCAAUAGACAAGGAGGAAAUUUUCAACCGCCUUCAACAACGAGAAAUCGAAUUGGCUGAAAAACUUGCUGGGGCAAUCUCGGACCAGGAGAGUUUAGAGGACCAAGUUGAUGAGCUCAUUGCUGCGAAGAAGAAAGUUGAAGAAGAGUUGGAGCUUCGGAGGUCACAACUUGAGCAGGCAGCACACUUGAUGGGUCGACUUGAAAACGAAAAAAAGGAACUCCAAAGCCGUAUUUCCGACCUCGACGGUCAACUCCAGACCGUGGAAACGACUCAUCAAAAGCGUGAUAGUGAGGUUGAAAAGCUAAAUCAGGACAUAAAGAUGCUCUCGAGCCAUCUCAGUCUUAAGGAUCGGAAAUUGCAGGACUUAGAAGCAAAGGUUCUAAAAUCAGGUGAAGAUUUUGAUAUCCAAUUGACAACGACCACGAGAGAGCUCCAAUUGUCAAAAAAGCAAGUCAAAGAACUUCAGGAUGAGAAUCGUGAGGCCCAAAAACAAAUUUCCAUUCUAUCGUCAACUUCCACCGAUUUUGAGAAAUUAAUUCGCCAGAAAGAAAGUGAACUAUCCAUGUUUCGGGCUGACAUUAAAAAGUAUGAAACCGAGAAGAAAAGCAUCGAAAAGGAGAGAGAUACUCUGGAUACCCGACACCGUGAUAUGCAACAUCGAAUUCACGAUUUGCAAGCACAGAUAGACGCCAUGAAAUCGGAGAACGCCACUUUAGAGCGUGAAGCUGGAGAUGCAAAGAGGCUUCUCGAAGAAAGAGUCUCUGAGGAUGCUCAAUCAGGGCAGGCUAGGAAAAUGUUGGACCAACAAAUCAAAGACUUGAAGGCUCAGUUAUAUCAAGUACAAGCUGAGCUUAGCCGUGAAAGACAGUCUCGAGAUGAUGUGCGCAUGCUUGGAGAGCACAAAUAUACGCAGCUCCAGCAAGAAUUUGACGCGCUCAAUGAAUCGAAGAUAACAAUCGAGAAAGAAAUGUAUAUUCAACAAGAUGCUUUGAGGCGUGCAAAAGAAGCACGCGUUGCCGCAGAGGAGUCUCGAAAGGAACUUCAAACGGAAAUAAUAAAGCUGCGUGAACGAAUUACAAAAGCUGAGAGUGCACGGCUAGAUGCCGAAUUGAUUGCUGAAAAGAAACUAAUGACUCAGGCAAAUGAGAGGGUCACAAGUUUGCGAAAAGAGCUAGAUGCCAAAGUCAAGCAGCUAGAAGAUGCAGACACUGAACGCACGCGCCUAGCUGCCCAGGUACAAAAUUUGAGUAGAAUAAUGGCAGAGUCAGAGGAUUUUAAAAAUCGUAACGAUCAACAUAAGGAGCGCUUGGAGCGAGAAUUGGUGACCGUUAAAGGGAGGCUCACGGCCUCUGAGAAUGAUAACCGAGCUCUUCUAAACAAGAUUCAACAGAAAAAUCUUGACAUCGCACGAUCCAACUCCCGAGCAACCGACACCCAAAGAACUCGCCUGGGUCAGCUUCAAAGCGAAAAGUCUCGACUUGAAGAAACCAACAAACAGCUUAGCCGUCAAGUCGGUGACACUCAAUUAACGAUCACGUCUUUGGAAAAGCAAAAGGAGAAACUCGCCCUAAGCCUCGAAGAUUUGAAUCACGAAGUAGCUCGAGAACACAAAGCAAGCCGCAAUGCAGAGAAAGCUGCAAGCACGGCUAAUAUCCAACUCGCGGAGGCGAAUCGAAGUCUCGAAACUGAGCGUCAACUAAAAACACAGGCCCAAACGAACACUCGAAAGCUGCAAGAAUCUCUUGAUCAAUCACAUAGAGAAAUUCAAGAGUGUCAUCAACAGUUAAUUCUAUUGCAUAAAGUGUUUAACCCAGACAUCACAGAAGUUCCGACCUCAUGGGAGGCUGUCAAGCCAGAGAUGUCGAAGCAAAUCGAUAUGGCAGCAGUGUUAGAGUCAGUUCAAGAGAGACUCCGAGUAAGCGAAGAAAAGUGUGCCAGAGCCGAGGGUCAGCUAGCAGAUAUGCGUCGUCGCCAUGCAGAUGAGGUUACGGAACUUGACGCUCGUUUCAGCUCCUCCAAACGUGCCCUACUAGAAGAGAUUGAUAACAACCAAGUUUCCAAUACGAGAUCACCAGGCCAUUUCCGAAAAAAUUCAGAGCCGUUUAAACGCUUCUCGAAUCCAUCGACUCCAGUUCGCCGAUUCAACGUCAUAGAAACUGCUAAUGAUUCCGGACGAUCUGAUCGAACGGUAGACACGGUUGCUUUUCAGAAACGAAUGGAUCUUGCUGCAGAAGUGGAAAUGCUACAAAAUCAGCUUCAAAUGUCAGAGAUGCAAAACCGACAUCUCAAAAGCCAGCUUGACAGGGCAUCCCCAGCACCGAAUAUUUGGCAUGACGAAAGCCCUUCUGUCCGACGAAUGCAGCUACUUGAAAGAGAAAACGGUCGUCUGCAUGAAAAAUUAGAUGAUUCCGCUAAAAAGGUAUCAGCCCUAGAAAGGACUAUCCAAUCCGGAGAGCUUACCCUCCGUGACGUUCAAGCCAAAUCACAUGAAGAACUUUAUGACUUGUUAAAUUCCCAGGAGAAAUCGAGGAAAUCGUUGCUACAGGUGUAUAAAACGAACGUAGCUGAUCUGGCAGAAGCAAAAGAGCAGUUCGACAAACUUAAGCAUGCGAGAUCAAGCUUGGAGGUUGAGUUAAGAGAUGCCACAUCUGAAUUACAGGAAGUACAACUUUUAAGAGAGCAAGAUGCUGCUAGUCGUAGCCAGUUGCUUCAAGAAUUUUCGGAUCUCCAGAUCCGGUUAGACGCUGAAGGCUCUAAGGUUGUUGACCUGACGGCAAGUUUAGAAUUAUACAAGAGCCGGGCAGAUGAGUAUUUCAACAAACUUGAGCAUGCUGAACUUGCUGUUCUGAAAGCAAACCGAGCUGAGCAAUUCGCAAAAUCCCAGGCUAAAGAGGCCGAAGACACAUGUGCCACCAUCAUGUCUGAGCGGAAACAAAUGGACGCCAUGGUUGAAGACUUACAGCGAGACACUCAGGCUCACGAGGAAAAGAUUGAAGAUCUGUCUGCCGACCUCGCCGCAGCGCUCCAAGCCAAGAGGAGGCUGCAGAACGAAUUAGAAGACUACCGAAGCCAACGGGCGAUGGACAUCGAAGACAAGGAAGCUUCUAUGGAACAGACUCGGAAGAAGUAUCAAAUGGAGUUUUCCACCAUUACAAAUGAGUUGGAAAUCGAAAGGGAGAACGUGCUUCAUAUUCGGGGAGAAAAUACCAGGCUCAGGGAAGAACUGGAUGAUCUCCGAUCAAAAUGGGAUAAUGAAGUCCUUAACAGCUCAACAUGGGCCAAGGAAAAAUCCCGACUGGAAAUGACAUUACAGGACGUCUCUAACUCUCGGGACGAUGCUGCUCGUGCCCACAAUGAUGCUCAGGGCAAAGUUGUGUCACUUCUUUCACAAGUUCGCAAUCUUCGAACUUCCGUGGACGAGAUGACCGCAGAGCGGGACCAGCUUAUCAAAGAGAAGAGGAGUCUUGAAGGGCGCCUUUCUGAAGCUGGAGAACGCCUGGAGGAUCUUGCCAAGGGAGAAAACCCAGCUAUGCGCAAUGCUGCCGAAAUGGAUCGCGAAUUAUUGGAAGUGAAAUCUAAACUUGCACAACAAGAAGAUGUGGUAACUGCAGCUGUGGGUAAAAUGAGGAGAGCAGAAGCCCUAGCAACGGAAAUUCAAAAAGAGAUAGUGGCCGAACGCGAAUCAAGCGCUCAGCUGUUCAAAGAUAAAGCCGCACUGGAGAAGCAGCUGAAGGAAGCACAACUGAGAUGCAUUGACUUGGAGACCAAGGGAUAUUCUUCCGGCAGCCAGGAUGUGCGAUUUCUACAUAAAAGAAUUCAGGAGCUCGAAACACAGCUUGACGACCAGGAGUCGAAGCGUAGCGCUGAGCAACGUUCUGUUCGCAACGUAGAUCGAACAGUCAAGGAUUUGCAGGCCCAAAUUGAACGCCGAGAGAAGAACAACGCGCAGUUAACAGACGAUAUCUCGAAAUCGCGAGACAAGAUAGAGCGCCUCCUUCAAACCAUUGACGAGUUGCAAAGCAGCGAGUCUGCGAACCAGCUGCAGGCUCGCCGUGCUGAGCGUGAACUUAGAGAGGAGAAAGAGAAAUCUCUCCGGUUGGAGAGAGAACUAGAUGGGUGGAAGGCCCUACGAGUAGAGAGGGGGAGCGCCAUUGGACGAACCGGCACUUUUGCUGGGUUGAGUGACAUUGGCAUAGGUGAACGGUUUGGGAGCCGCCGGGGUAGCGGUGUCUUUGUGGGAUCCGGGCCAAAUGGCACAAUUGAAGUUCCUCAAAGAAAAACGAGUAACACGAAGGGUUUCUUGUAA